UACAUAUCAAUAUGAGUUAUAUAUGCGUUGUUUCGAAAAAGUCAGUAGCUGUGAUAAUCAACAAAUUAUUGUUUUGGAUUUAGCUGGGCAUGAACAUAUUAAAGAUGGAUAUGUUUUUACUCUUGGUCCUGGAAUGUCUUUACCAAGUGUCCUCCUUCCAUUGGAUGGUCCUGGAUUACCUGACUGGUGUAUGCACAGAGCCUUUAUGAUUAUAAUGCUAGUUCGCCGUAUGGAUCGGGAGGACAAGUUAUGGCGUAAACAACAAGACGAAAGUUGGCGUCAACAACGUACAUUACAACCCUUGCCUUCUGAACGGUUCGAUUCUUCUACGCCUCAACAUCAACAAAAAAAUCUUUCAUCGCCGUUUGAUUCCCAAAUGGAUUGGUCAUCCUCACAACAACAAAUACCCAACAACAGCUCGAAUUUACGAACUCCAAAUAUUUCUGAUAUACCAAACUGGCGAAAACCACGGGUAGCAGAGGACUCUUUGAUAACGACUGUAAGUUGUGCCCAGCCACCAGUUUGGCCGCCGCCGGAGGAUUCUUGCAUUGCUUCAACUUCACAAAAUCUGGAAACAACAAGGCAUCAUCAAACCACCAAUUCUCCACAUUUAAAUAAUAACAGGCAUAAUUCUGAACUUUCUAACAACAACAAUAUUUUGUUAGAAAAUGGUGAAGAAAUUCAAUUGCCAAUAAUUGAGACAGUUGAUGAAUUGUUGAGAGAAAUAAGGGAUCAAGCUAAUCCAGAACAUAUAAUCCUCCUUGUUGGUAAUUUCUUACAAGCACAUUCUGAUUUAACAACAGAAGAAAGAUUAGAUAUUAGUUUAGCAGUUAGACAAAGAACUAUAUUAGAACAGAAUAAAGGAAGCAAUAAUAAUGUUGAUAAUAAUAUUGUUGAUGAUUCAACAAGAACAGCAAGAACACCAACAACAGCCUUAUUAGAGUAUAAUAAUGAGAAGACUUCUGAAAAGAAUAAAACUACAAGUGAAGGAACUAAUGUUGUUGUAGAACAAGAAGAAGAGGGCAGGUCAAACAACAACAAUCCUCUUGAAGAAGUAAAUGAAACUGAAAAGGAAGUGGAACAACAACAAGUAGAAGGGGUGGAGGAGGAAACGACUAAAGUAACAACAACUUUAACUAGUGCUGUUGUUGUAGAAGGGGAACAACAACCAACUAAUGAGUCGCUUCGGCCAUAUUCUCCUAGUGAUUUUAUCAUUGACACACAAAUCCGUUCUAUUAUUAAUUGUGAAGAUUUGAAUGUCUCGAAGAAGAAAAAUAUUGAGCCUAGAAGAAAUACAGCUCCAUCACAACCAUCACCACUUUCCAAACUUCCUUCAAAUCGUGUAUCAUCAUCACCUAGACCAGUGCCUACACUAUCUUCUCCAGUUCCACCAUCUCAACAACAACAUCCACCGCCACCUCCACCCCCUCCGUCAUCACCACCACCGCCACCUCCAGCUUUGUCUUCUCCACAGCCUCCUCCACCUCCACCGACAACAACUACAAUUGCUUCUGCCGAUGUACUUUUUAAAAUUGAUUUUACUGUGUGCUCGUUUUAA